GGCUCCUCUGUCAUGGCUCGUGUCGCGUCAUAACUACAGAGGGACCGGGACGACCUGGGAACAGCAACCAUGGACAUAGCGCAUUUCGGUUAUUUUUUUAUCUGGCAUUUAUUUGCUCAUAUCAAUGCAGAAUUGCCUUUAUGUAAAGAGUCGGACUACCACUUUGAGUACACAGAGUGUGAUAUGCACCAGUCCAGGUGGAGAGUGGCUGUCCCAAACAAGCUCGAUACGUGUACAGGACUCCCUGAUCCAGUGAAAGGCACCCACUGCACCUUCUCGUGCAUGGACGGGGAGUUCCUGGAGAUGAGCAGCCAGAGCUGCCAGAAGUGUGCGGGGGGAAGCUACUCUCUGGGCACGGGGGUGGCCUUCGAUGAGUGGGACAGUCUGCCGGCAGGCUUCGUCACGCACGGCGUCAGCAUCGACGAUGACUCCCAGACCAACUGCUCCAAGUCCUCGUGGGUUCCCAUGGGGGAUCACAUAGCCUCAAACGUAGAUGAGUGCACCACCACCUUGUCCUUUGCUGUGAACCUCAAGAAAGCCGGAACCGUCUCCUUUGAAUAUCUAUACCCCGACAACAACAUCUACUUUGAGUUCUUCGUUCAGAACGACCAGUGCCAGUCCACGGACACAGAGAGCCGGUUUGUGAAGCUUUCCGACGCCGACUGGAGUCAGUAUAAUGUUAAACUAAACCAAGGCACCAACGUCCUGUACUGGAGAACCACAGCCUACGCUCUGCAGGAAACCUCUGUCAAAUCGGUUCUGUUGAAGAACAUCGCCAUCUCAGGGGUGGCCUACACAUCAGAGUGCUUCCUCUGCAAGCCGGGCACCUACAGUGCUAAGCUAGGGUCCGCGCGCUGUAACCCCUGCCCUGCAGACUCCUACUCCAACAAGGGUGCGACCAUGUGCCACCAGUGUGAAACAGACACAUACGCCGAGGCCGGUUCGGGGAGUUGCAAAGCGAGACCUGCAUGUACAAACAGUGACUACUUCUACACUCACACCCCGUGUGACUACAGCAGACAGACCCAGAUUAUGUACAAGUGGAUGGAGCCAAAGAUCUGCAGUGAGUCUGUCCCUGGAGCUGUCACUCUUCCCGCCUCUGGCCAGCUGACCGCCUGCCCUCCCUGUAACCCGGGCUUCUUCCUCACCAACACCUCCACCUGCCAGCCCUGCUCCGAUGACUUCUACUCCAACGGAACAGAUUGUGCGAAAUGUCCCGCUGGUACGGAGCCUGUGGUCGGCUUUGAGUACAAAUGGUGGAACACCAUGCCCAGCAACAUGGCGAGCUAUGCCUUGCGCCACGAAUAUACCUUCAACAUGGAGGAGAGCACAGGGUGGGAGGUGGCCGGAGACUACAUCUACACCGUGCCAGGAGAGCAGGACUCAGACUUUCUGGUCCUGACACUCAGUGUCCCGGGAUACAGGCUGCCUCCAUCCUCUGCCAAAGACGAGGAAGCGACCGAGCUGUCUCGGAUCACCUUCGUCUUCGAGACAACGUGCACCGCCGACUGCAUGCUGGACUUCCUGGCGGGGUACAGCAAGAUGAAUCAGCACAUUGUGGAGAAGUGGCACGGCACCACGGGCAAGCAGUCCUACUCCUACGUGGUCCAGGACAACAUCACCACCAGCUUCACCUGGGCCUUCCGACGCAUGCAGUCGCAUGGCACGAGGAACCACACGAGCGACGUGGCCAAGAUCUACUCCGUCCUGGUCACCAACGCCGUCGACGGCGUGGCCUCCCGUUGUCGCCAGUGUGCGGCGGGGUCGUCGGACCUCUCCGCCUGCGUGCCCUGCCCGCCCGGACACUACAUGGUCAACGGCACGGGCGUGUGUGAGAGCUGCCCACCCAACACCAUCAUCAGGCCCCAGCAGACGGUGGGGAGGGAGGCCUGCGUGCCCUGCGGACCCAACACCUCCACCAACCAGGCCCGCUCAGCCUGCGUCAGCGACUGUACCCUACAUGUGAACAGCGGAGCAGGCCAGCACCUGCUCUACAACUUCUCCUCCCUGGCCAACCUCACAGGGUUCAGGAGCAGCCCCCGCUUCACCAGCCGAGGCCUGCGAUACUUCCAGCACUUCCACCUCGGGCUGUGUGGGAAAGAGGACAGACAGCUGGCUGUGUGUGUGGACAACGUGACGGAGCAGCGGAGGGAGGUGAGAGGCUACGCCUGCCAGUCCAUGGUGGUCCCCUCCGACACCAGGGGCCAGGGACUGGUCUCCUCCCAGCCCUUUGUGAUCGCCGACUUGUUGCUGGGAGUGACCACAGAAAAUUCCCUGGAUCACAUUUCUUCUCUGGAAAACAUGUUCCCUGUGAACAUCGGUCUGCCUGAUGUCAUAUUUUAUUACAGGGCCAGUGAGACAACGCAGGCUUGUAAACAGGGCCGAUCGACCACGAUCAGAAUGAGAUGUGAUCCUACUGUGACAGCCAGCCACCAAAUCUCUCUACCCAGUGCCUGUCCGGAGGGGACGUGCAACGGCUGCUCCUUCCACUUCUUGUGGCAGAGCCAGUUUGCAUGUCCGCUCUGCACCUCAGACCACUACAGAGAGAUCGUCAGCGCAUGUGUCCAAGGAAUACAGAGAACGACCUAUGUGUGGCAGCAGCCCCUGCAGUGUUACGCUGGGGUUUCCCUGCCAGCACAGCGAGUCAAUGCCUGCGUGAGCAUGGAUUUCUGGCUUAAGUUUGGUGUUUCCACGGGAACAGUGGCUGCUUUGCUGCUUAUCGGGGUGAUCUGUUACUUCUGGAAGAGGGCGCGCAAGCUGGAGUUCAAGUACUCCAUGCUGAUGACUGCUGGAGACAAAGAGGAGUGUGAGCUCCCGGCGGCCGACAGCUGUGCCAUCAUGGAGGGGGAGGACGCUGAGGACGACCUCAUCUACCUCACCAAGAAGUCCUUCUUCCACAAGGCCAAGAGUUACUCCAGAGAGAGGACUUCAGAUGGAUUUGAUUCGAUUCCAUUGAAGUCGUCUGCAUCAAGCCUGCUGAGAAACGAAGAGGACAUGGAUGAGUGCUGAAUAAGAGAAACAAGCAGAACCUGUUCUUCAGACCACAUUGAGCAGGCUUUGCGUGGGUGGUUUCUAAUAAACGGUAGAGUUGCAUCUCUAGGGGAUGGCUCAAAAAGGUCAAAGAUGAGACAAUCUAAAACAAUGUCACAAUACUUGAGAAAGUGUAGGAUUUUUAUUUUAUUUAUUGUUUUUUUUGUGAUUUCUGCCUGACGAAAUUUGUAUUAUUUCAAAAGAUUGUUACAUGUGCCAAAACCUGUAAUAUCCAACAUAAUAUCUUCAAAACAAAAGUAGACCUAUCUGUAUUGGAGUAUAAUGUACUUUAAAGGUUUUAUAGACCUCACAUAAACUACACGUUUAUGUUGGACAAUUGUCUCGAACUGUACGUUUAAUGAUUUAAUAUUUGAAAUGUUCACCUAUAGGCCGACUGUGAAGAUGUCGGUAGUCCUAUGUGUGAUAUAUAGAGUGUUUUAGAUUCGGCUAUGACAUCCUAUCUGCCUUUGAUACAAUGUUGUAAUCGUUUUUUUUAAGUUUCCAUUAUUUGUAUUUUAUGAACAAUAAAAAAAGUUUUUAUAAAAAA